AUGAAGCGCUUCAGCAACAGAAUCGUCAAUCUCUCACGAGGCAAGAGUGAUGGCAAGUCGUCGAAGAAGAAUAAGGACUCGAAAGACGGCACAGCCUCACCUUCUGGCCGAGAAGGCCAGUCGCCGGUCCUAACCCCUUCGUCGUCGACAUCGACCCUCAACGAUAUUCGCAACAAGCCUUUACCCCCGAAUAACGGUGGGGCACAAGCCGGCGAUUCUGCUGCUUCACCAGGCCCAGGCAGUCCAGCUGCACAAGGCAGUGUUCCGGACCGGUUCAGCAGCAUGGGUUCCCAGUCGCCAAACGGGUCUUCUACUCCUUCGCGGCACGGCGCGCUUCCUCCCACCAUAUCCAUCAGCCCCAGCGGUCCUCAUAUCCCGCCCCCGGGUGCUGCCGAGACCAUGCCUCACGACCUUGCCCCUCCAAAAGCCGGCCAGAAGUCGACAAUGUUCGAUCGCCUCCAAAACACACCAAAGGAUGUCCCCGAAGGCCUUCGGACGCCCAAGAGACAACAUUCGUCGCGAUUCGAUAUCUCCGCUGAUCGAAACCUUGAUAAGCUGCCUGGAUUCCAUGAGGUGCCGCCUAACCGUCGACAAGAGCUAUUCAUGCAGAAGAUUGACCAAUGCAACGUUAUCUUUGAUUUCAAUGAUGCUAGUGCCGAUAUGAAGGCCAAGGAGAUCAAACGUCUCGCUCUGCACGAGCUACUUGAUUACGUUGCGAACAAUCGUCAGGUCAUCACUGAGCCGAUGUAUCCUCGCGUCGUCGAGAUGUUUUCCAAGAACUUGUUCCGACCGAUCCCUCCGCCAAUGAAUCCUCAGGGUGAGGCUUUCGACCCGGAAGAGGACGAGCCUGUUCUGGAAGUUGCCUGGCCGCACAUCCAAGUGGUGUAUGAGUUCUUCCUCAGGUUCAUCGAAAGCCAAGAUUUCAACACGAACAUUGCCAAGUCCUACAUCGAUCACAGCUUUGUGCUUCAACUGUUAGAGCUCUUCGACUCGGAAGAUCCUCGCGAGCGGGACUUCCUCAAGACAACUCUGCAUCGUAUCUAUGGCAAAUUCUUGAAUCUCCGAUCAUUCAUUCGACGGUCCAUCAACAAUGUCUUCUUCCAGUUUACUUACGAAACAGAACGGUUCAAUGGUGUUGCGGAGCUGCUGGAGAUCCUUGGGUCAAUUAUCAAUGGCUUCGCCCUGCCUCUCAAGGAGGAGCACAAGCUCUUCCUCACUCGUGUGCUUCUCCCUCUCCACAAGGUCAAGAGCCUCAGCAUGUACCACCCGCAGCUUGCAUACUGUAUCGUUCAAUUCCUUGAAAAGGACGCCUCGCUUACAGAAGAAGUUGUUCUCGGCCUCCUUCGUUACUGGCCCAAGGUCAAUAGCACGAAGGAGGUCAUGUACCUCAAUGAGGUGGAAGACAUAUUCGAAGUGAUGGAUCCCGCAGAAUUCGCCAAGGUUCAAGAGCCUCUUUUCCACCAAUUGGCCAAGUCGGUGGCGAGUCCCCAUUUCCAGGUUGCCGAGCGGGCUCUGUACUUCUGGAAUAACGAAUACUUCUGUAACUUGGUGAGCGACAACGUGGAGAUCAUCCUGCCUAUCAUGUUCGCGCCACUCUACGAAAACUCCAAGGGUCAUUGGAACAGAACAAUUCACGGCAUGGUAUAUAAUGCCAUGAAACUGUUCAUGGAGAUCAACCCUCAACUUUUCGAUGACUGUUCUCAUGAGUAUAACGAGCAGCAGAACAAUGCUCCGGCAAGGGAAGCUCUUCGAGAGAGGAAGUGGGCAGCUAUCAAGGAGCAGGCCGGCAAGAGGAAAUCCAAUGGCAUCUCCCGUAGCGACAGUCCCGCUUCGAAGACAGCUAUGUUGCCACGCGUGGAAGAGGCCGACUCUGUAACAGACGAUAACCAGAAGAGGCUGGACUCGCUCAAGCUACAGGAUGGCGACCGUUGGGAUCGCCGACCCCAUGAACGGCAAAGCUCGGUAGGCUCCUCCUGA